GAGAGUAUCAGUAUCACCGGCCUCAUCGGUGCGACGCGGCCAAACCCUAGCGUGGAAGGGGAGGGGCCGAGAGGGUUAGGGACGAGAGAUGGUGGUCUUAUCUCUUCGGAUCGGCCGCUCUUUUACGAGCUACUUCUUCUCAUCCGCCGUGAAAUCGAGCCUCCUACGCCAGUUCCAGCUGAAAUGGGUCUAUAAUGCACAGCCGUCACGUCCACGUUCUGUCAGGGCUUUUGUGACUGCAAGAGCCGAAAGGUUUCCGCUGCGGAAGAAAAAGAAGCGAUUGGAUGAAGCAUGCCUUGAAAGAUUUCAGGAAUAUAGCCGAACCUUGAUACAGUCAUGGAUCUUACAAGGUAAAGUUAUUGUGGAUGGAAGGGUAGUUAGCAAAGCUGGAACCCCUGUAUCGAAUAGUUCUGUUGUGGAGAUAAAGGCUGAAGUUCCAAAAUAUGUAUGUAGAGCAGGAUACAAGUUAGAGGCUGCUAUUGAAAAACUCAAUGUUGAUGUUGUUGGGAAAGUAGCACUUGAUUCAGGGUUGUCCACUGGGGGUUUUACUGAUUGCCUGCUUCAACAUGGUGCAUCACAUGUUUAUGGUGUCGAUGUAGGCUAUGGACAGGUUGCUGAUAAAAUUCGUAGAGAUAAACGUGUUUCUGUAAUUGAAAGGACAAAUCUGAGAUAUCUUCCUGGACUACCACAAGAAGUUGACAUUGUGACUCUAGACUUAUCCUUUAUCUCUGUACUUUUGGUCAUGCCAGCUGUCAUCAAUGUUAUGAAGGCAGAGUCUACGUUGGUGACAUUAGUGAAGCCUCAGUUUGAGGCCCGUAGGUCUCAGGUUGGAGGAGGUGGAAUUGUUAGAGAUCCUCAGGUGCAUCAGGAAGAUGAUCUCUGGAUCCCGAAUUCAUGAGAACCUUGUGCACUGGGCUGUCCUUGUAGAAAUACGUAACCAUUUGUCUAUGCUAGAUGCUUGCAUGUAGCAAUGUGUUCUGCAUACAGAUUCUGCAUCUGCUGGAAUGCAAAUUACAGAACAUAACAAUGGUGAUGACCGACCAGAGUAUAGAUCAUCUCCCAGUUCCAUUAAUAAUCAUUUCUAGUGUUCAGCAGGACACUCACUCUCCUAAUUCUAUGGAGCCUGUAUCUUUCUCUUUAUUUUGUAGUUUGAAAGUAUACUAUGCUAUUUGAAAGGACUUGAGACAUGAAGCAUAAGGAAGACAGCAAAGGAGAAAGCUGCUGGGUUAAGGGGAAGGCACUAAUCUUGCUAUUGAAAAUUCAGGAACACCUUAAACCAUUGUUAUGUUUUGCCAGAAAUUGCCUGGCUGUUGAAUCAAGUUUGUUCAUGCCAGUUACCAUUCUAGUUCCCUUUGCAAUUUCUUCACAUCCAUGUUAAGAGUACCACAUGAAUGCAGAAAUAAAGUGUCCAGAUUUAAAAUUGCCAUAACCUUGGCUAACUUUAUCUUUAUUUGACAAGUAUAAAGAGUCCCAUGCUUGUGUCUCUAAUCUUCUAUUUUUUUGACUGCAGGUUCUUGAAAAAAUAAUCAAAGGUGUCGAAGGUUAUGGAUUCUGUAGCAAAGGGUGGAUAGAGUCACCAAUAAAGGGUGCUGAGGGCAACACAGAGUUCCUAGUUCACUUUCAGCGAAUUCCAGCAGAUUCCAUGUGAUAUUC